AUGUUUGUUGUAUGUGAAUGGGCCAACAGUGAACAGUUACUGGAGGAUUGCUUGAAAAUGGAACAUCUUUGUAUACUGCUGAUUCAGUUCGGUCUUGGCUAUCUUACUGGGCAGGAUGCGUCAUCGCCGAAUGUUUUUCUCGAAAAGACCGAUACGCUAUUGAAUGUGGAUGAACGAAGCGAUGAGGAUGGUGCGAGAAGUGGCGCUGACGAAUGCUUUGAUCUGAGCGAUCGUUUAGGUGGCUUAGGCAAAUGCUUCAUGGAUUUUCUGCAAUUUUUGACAUCAAGACGAUUCGAAACGAUGAAAUUGAUCAACUUCAUGCAUCCGAACCUCGGAUUUCAUUCGAUUCUAAUGCGUGGACAGUGGCGACAUCUGCAUAAGGCACGUUCACUGUUCGCUGCGCUUAAAACAUUGUAUUCCAUCGUUUUAACGGGACGUUUUGAUGCACUUACUCGUCACACUGCUGAGACGCAAAAUUAUUCGCAUUCGAAGGAGGCGACAGUUGACGACACUUAUCUGAGCGAAUUGGAACCGUUUGUAAUUGAGUUGCCGGAUGAUAUGAAAAAUGAGGACGAAGAAAUCGUCAAUAAAAUACGUUUGCAUGCGGGUGUUAAAUAUUUACAUAUGAGACGAUUGGGUAAACCGAGAAGUAAGUUGAUCGUGUAA